GGCGCUGAAGUUGUCCGGCGAAGCGCACCGCCGAGUCCGAAGCCACUACACGGUGCGUAAAAGCAAAAAUGUUGCUAUAAUUCGAAGCGUCAGUUGCAGAUAUCUGACAGGACGUCUCGGCUAAUCGUCAUCACAUUAUUGUGAUUUUUCGUCCCCGCGGAACAACCCCGAGAUCCGAUGCAUCCAUGAAUCUUACCGGGAAAACAAGCAUCGCUCUCCUGCUGGUGCUCCUCCUCGCGGCGCAAGGUAGUUUUGCAUCCAAAGCAGAGGACCGAUUGUUCCGCAGGUUAUUCCGAAGGUACAACCAGUUCAUCCGACCAGUGGAGAAUGUGUCUGACCCGGUCACAGUGGAAUUUGAGGUGUCCAUAUCUCAACUGGUCAAAGUGGAUGAAGUCAAUCAAAUAAUGGAAACCAAUCUGUGGCUGAGACAUGUGUGGAAUGACUACAAGCUGCGAUGGGCUCCUGUGGAGUACGAUGGAAUUGAGUUCAUCCGAGUUCCAUCCAAUAAGAUUUGGAGGCCUGACAUUGUUUUGUACAACAAUGCUGUGGGGGAUUUCCUAGUGGAGGACAAGACCAAGGCUCUGCUGAAGUUUGAUGGCACCAUAACUUGGGUUCCUCCAGCUAUUUUUAAAUCCUCCUGCCCCAUGGACAUCACCUACUUCCCUUUUGACUACCAGAACUGCUCCAUGAAGUUUGGCUCGUGGACCUAUGACAAGGCCAAGAUCGACCUGGUGCUCAUAGGCUCAAAGGUGAACCUGAAAGACUUCUGGGAGAGUGGAGAGUGGGAGAUCAUCGACGCACCCGGUUACAAGCACGACAUCAAGUAUAACUGCUGCGAGGAGAUCUACCCGGACAUCACCUACUCCUUCUACAUCCGCCGCCUGCCGCUCUUCUACACCAUCAACCUCAUCAUCCCCUGCCUCCUCAUCUCCUUCCUCACCGUAUUGGUCUUCUACCUCCCGUCUGACUGCGGCGAGAAGGUCACCCUGUGCAUCUCCGUUCUGCUGUCUCUCACCGUGUUCCUGCUGGUCAUCACGGAGACCAUCCCCUCCACGUCGCUGGUCAUCCCACUGAUUGGCGAGUACCUCCUCUUCACCAUGAUCUUUGUCACACUCAGCAUCGUCAUCACCGUGUUCGUGCUGAACGUGCACUACCGCACUCCCAUGACUCACACCAUGCCCGAGUGGGUCAGGUCCGUGUUCCUUGGGGUGCUGCCGAAGGUGAUGCUGAUGAGGCGGCCCAUCGACCAAGGCGGUUCGUCCCCUGCCAGCAUCACCGCCGGGACGGGAGGCGGCGCAGGGAACAAAAAGAGGAAGAACAGCGUCGGAAGCGGAUCGGGAAGCGUGAGCGUUGGCGGUAUCACAGGAGGUGUAGCGUGCCCGCCGCUGGAUGGUGGGGCAGGCGGAGGAGGGGCCUCCUCAGCGGGCGGCUCCAUGAACUGUAUCGAGUACAGCGACGUGAACCGUGACAUUAAGCGGGAUAUGAACAGAAGGUGCCCCUACAGAGGCAAGGAGGUUCCGACACCCGUCCCUCCCACGAUGGUGCCCCCUUCAUCUCAGGGCACCCAGCAAAGGCCCCCCGAGUCGGAGUUGCCCAAACUCCCGAGGUCUCUGAACGCACCCUCUCCAGUCAACGCAGUUGUGGCGUUCUCUGUAGUUUCACCAGAGAUCAAGCAGGCCAUCGAGAGUGUGAAGUACAUCGCUGAGAACAUGAGGACGCGCAACAAAGCCAAAGAGGUGGAAGACGACUGGAAGUACGUGGCCAUGGUCAUAGACAGGAUCUUCCUGUGGGUCUUUGUGACGGUGUGUGUGCUGGGAACACUGGGACUCUUCCUUCAGCCGCUCAUCAGCUUUUUUAAAUGAAAGACACGCUUCCUCCUUCUCCUUCUUCUUCUCUGUUCGUCUCCCUGUUGAACUGCUGUGGGGAAUAACCACCCAACCACCCCUGCAGCUUUUUCACAUCACUGACCGGACUGACGCCUUUUGUCCUUCUUCUACUUGUUCCUCUGCGGUACUUGUCACUCAACACUCCUCGCCGUUUCUGCACUUGACUCACCCCCCACCCCCAUAAAUGUUUAGGAAACGGUAUCCUUUUCAGCCACACACGCCACACUAUGACCUCCGUCCUCUUUGUUUCUUCUCCAAACGACUCUCAGCCAUUGUUAGCAUACAACAGAAUUAUGAUCAAAGUUGUCAAUUCUUACAGAUCUUCUUGAAAAGCUGUGGGGGUUAUUGUGCUAUAUAGAAGGAAGAGCACAAAGUGGAUAUACAGUAUCACCCAACAUGCCACAAAGUAACCAGUAAGUAUUACAGCAGUACUUAACCUGCUUCUUCUUAACUUGAACUUUAUCAAUGCUCACUUUCAAGCACACCUGACCCAAUACGACGAAGGAUAACUAAGGUGAAAGGUCAGGGUUUUAAGGAAGGCACAGUUUUUAAGUGACCGUGAAACAUUCAGGGAUGAAAUCAAACACAGUGACGGUUUUAAAGGACACAUUGUCAUUUUUCUCAGCUAUUCAUGGACACCAAAGGAGAAAAUGCUGUUUUUCUUAAACAGGGCACAUAAAGAAAUACAAUCGGUUUAAAAUGCUUGAGGUCAUGAGUCAAAUAAGCAUCAUCCGACGUGUCUCCCUCUUUGAACCUCGCAGCUUUUUUGUACUCACUCACCGACUUGUUAACAUAGAACACCGAAUAAUAAAAUACAUUCCGAUUUUGACACCUAAAUCACGUAAAACAGUUUUAAAAUUCUUUUUCAGACACUGUGUAUCCUUGUACAAAUCUUUGUUCAAUACGGGUGAGUGUAAAACAUGGUCUUUGAGGAGGGAACUAGGCUUGGGCGAUACAGUCGUCCCUCGUUUAUAGCGGUUCCGUUAGCAGUUAGCGGUUAAUCCAGGAGUGACUGCAAUAAAUUCAUUUCUGCAAUAUAGAAUUGAAUGUUAAUAAAUGGAAUAUUUUCGUCGCUUGAGCUUAGAAAACCUGUUUAUGACUUCUCAGUAGGUUUUCUUAACAUGAUUAGAGCCCUGUAGACGUGAAAGUCACAUUUAAACUCCUAUUAUUCAUUGUUUACACCACAUUACAACUCUUAUGCUGCAGGGACUCGAGACGGGAACUCGUGAGCUAACCCGGUGAAUAUGAUUUAAUUGAAUUCGUCUAAACUUAAGAAGCCACUGACUUACCACUUCCACACAGAAUGGGAGAACUUUUUUUUCACUCUAUCAUGACUUCAUGACGUCAUGCAGUGUUAAGGUGACGUAAUGUAAGCUAAUGUCUCAGUGUUGUGUCAUUACUGCCGCCUAGUGACCAGAUUACUACAUAUCACUUGGAUUUCAGUAUGCUUUGACUAAUAAUAAAUACACGGUAGUCUACCACCAAACAGCGAUCAUCUAUUAAUUCAUUUCUGAAAAAACACAAUAUAGCGAGGGAGCGCUAAUUGAACCACUACAUUGCGAGGGACGACUGUAUUACAUGUCUUUACUUCAGAAACAAAUCACAUUGAGUGUCAAUGGAAUCUCUCCAUGUAUAGAAAGCACUUUGCAACACACUAUGGAAUUAAACUUGAAAACAAACACAAACCCAAUGGUGUGUGUCCGUGUGUUGGAGUUGUGUAUAGGAAGAGAGUGUGCAGUAAUGUUGUGAGUCUUUCCAUGCCUUGCAGUCAAGUGUUGAACUGUAUAUGUAAACAGUGCAUAUAUUACAUCGCGUCUGCAGCUGACUGAUGGAUAGUUGUCUGAGCUUGAGCCUUUUAAGAUGUGUAGUGAAGCCUGCCUUUUCUUAUUUCACAAAGCUUUUAAGAUUUGUCAGAUCAAAACAACGUCGAUGUUCGGACGUGUCUGCACCCUUAAUCAGUUCUAUUUUUGCUCGUUACAUUUGGCUGAACGGCAACUUUACAAGCCCCAGCAAUCAGCGGUUUUGCUUCAUAACACACCUCAUACGUAGAAGAGAUCCGUGUUGACAACUUAGCAACAUAGUUGCUAUGCUUGGCGAGUAGGGCUCCACUAGAAGUGUUUCUUGCGUCAUGGAUUUAUUUGGUCAUUGAAUACAAGCGGUCAGCAAAGCUGAAGUGUCUCGCAGGCGAGAGGGAGUUGAGCUUCACCGUGCUGUUUAUCGUAUCGCUGUGCAAUGAUGAUCUGAGAGCUGCAUAAACCCCUCCACAAUGGAACCCAACCCCUGAUCAGCGACAGAUCCACGAAGGCAGAGCUUGGACACACCCCUCCACCACCUGGCAGCACCUCAUCUUCCUGGUGAAACAUGUACCGGUGUCCAAAGUGUGGCCCAGGGGCCAUUUGUGGAACGUGGCUCAUUGCAGCAAUAAAAUAAAGAAAACCCGAGCUAAAAAAAUAGAGGAAAAAGGAGCGAGGAAAAACUCAAAUGUUGAUACUAAUAACUAAUAAAAACACAGAGAUUUGUCUUUUUUAAACAUAUGCAUCACAUAUUUUUAAUUAUGCUGUAAAUAUCAAAGGACAGCAAGUAGCUACGACAAAAACAAUGAGCUGGCAUUGUUCAACUACAAGCUGCAACUUUUAAUGCUGACGUGCCAGAAUUGGACAGACAGUAUGACCUGCACGUGUUAAAGACGGGUCGCAAAUGCCAACUCCGCAGCUUUACAGAGUGAAAGGUGACACAUUCAAGGAAAUAUUGCAUUAUUAUGAUAUAUUAUUAUUUAUUAUUAUAUGUUAUCAUAACAGGGAUCUAUAUGGUCUCAAAAAUG